ACGCAAUAUUGUACGCGGAAGUGACAUCAUUUAUAAAUACUCGCGUAAGAAUCCACCUUCCGGCUACAUACACAGAGCAAGCGGAGUGACAUCGGUUCUGGAUCCUCUCAAACCUCUUUGGCUUUCAUUGUAAGCUGACUCGACGCAGUUUGGAAAGCCCUGCCACGGACCCUCCUCGCACCCUGAAGAUGAGUGACGGAGAGUGUGACUUCUUUUGCUUCUUCCGCUGCUGUUGAGCUCGUUCAGCUCAUAUCCCGCCCUCGAGGCAGACAGACAGACAGACAGACAGACAGACAGACAGACAGGCAGGAAGACCGGCUAGUAUCGUCUCUGUAGCCUCACUAGAACUCCCCAAUAGAGGACCAAUCCACGGCAGACAAAGCCCCCAAAAGAGGCGGAGCUUCGAACAAGACACUUUUUUUUGAUUUUAUUGGUUUUUGCCAAUCCGUCCAGGUGUGCUCCGACAGGUAGGCGGGGCCGUCCACCUGUCUGGGUUGAUCUGAUUGGCCGUCCCGGAUGUCUGUGGAUAUGAACAGCCAGGCGUCGGACAGCAAUGAGGAAGACUACGGCGUGAACUCGGAGGAGGACGAGGAGGAGGACGAUGGGGACGACGACGAAGAGGACGAGGACCCGGGCGACAUCGCCGACUAUUAUGAAGGCGUGGCCAGCGACGUGGAGCAGCAGGGCGCGGACUCGUUCGACCCCGAGGAGUACCAGUUCACCUGCCUCACGUACAAGGAGAGCCAGCGGGUGCUGAGCGAGGAGGUGAACAACGUGGCGGCAUUGCUGAAGGUAUUACCGGCGGUAGCUAAACUGGUGCUCGUGCAUUUUCACUGGCAGGUGUCACUAAUACUUGACAGAUACCAGUCCAACUCCUCUCUUCUGAUGUCCGAUGCCCUGGUGCAGCCCAGUAGUACUUGCAGAACACUCACAGCCCCUCAGUCCCUCCAGUGUGGGGUGUGUCUCCAGGUGGUGCGACGCGACGCCCUAUUGGCCCUGCCCUGUCAGCACUCCUUCUGCAAGGCAUGCUGGGAGCAGCACUGCACCGUGCUCGUCAAGGACGGCCUGGGAGUGGGUGUUUCGUGCAUGGCUCAGGACUGUUCCUUGCAAAUGCCAGAGGACUUUGUGCUUCCUCUCUUGCCGGGAGAAGAGCUGAAAGACAAGUACAGACGUUACCUCUUCAGGGACUACGUGGAGAGCCACUUCCAGCUCCAGCUGUGUCCCGGGGCGGACUGCCCCAUCGUGAUCCAGGUUGAGGAGCCGCGGGCCCGCAGGGUGCAGUGCAGCCGCUGCAUGGAGGUCUUCUGUUUUAAAUGCCGCCAGAUGUACCACGCCCCCACGGACUGCCCCACCAUCCGGAAAUGGCUGACCAAAUGCGCAGACGACUCGGAGACGGCAAACUACAUCAGCGCACACACUAAAGAUUGUCCCAAGUGCAAUAUCUGCAUUGAGAAGAAUGGCGGUUGCAACCACAUGCAAUGCUCCAAGUGCAAACACGACUUCUGCUGGAUGUGUCUGGGCGACUGGAAGACCCACGGCAGCGAGUACUACGAGUGCAGCCGCUACAAGGAGAACCCCGACAUCGUGAACCAGAGCCAGCAGGCCCAGGCCCGUGAGGCCCUGAAGAAGUACCUCUUCUACUUUGAGAGGUGGGAGAACCACAACAAGUCCCUCCAGCUGGAGGCCCAGACGUACCAGCGCAUCCAGGAGAAGAUCCAGGAGCGGGUGAUGAACAACCUGGGCACCUGGAUCGACUGGCAGUACCUCCAGAACGCGGCCAAACUGCUGGCCAAGUGUCGCUAUACGCUUCAGUACACCUACCCCUACGCCUACUACAUGGAGUCUGGGCCUCGCAAGAAACUGGUGAGCAACAUGACAACAAAUCCCUCUCCAUCCCUAGUGUUUGAGUACCAGCAGGCCCAGCUGGAGGCAGAGAUCGAGAACCUGUCCUGGAAGGUGGAGCGCGCAGACAGCUACGAGAGAGGCGUGGUGGUUGGGGGCGAGGGCGAGCUCAGUGCCAACGACAGAGGGGAUCUGGAGAAUCAAAUGCACAUCGCAGAGCAGAGGAGACGCACACUGCUGAAGGACUUCCACGACACCUGAAGCCCCAAACGCGUCCGCCAAACACCAGCAUGCCCCCCCCCCCCGCCCCGCCAUCCUCCCUUCCUCACAUCCUUGACCGUCUCACGGUCCAUACAUCCUUCACUUCACACCUCCUCCUCUCCUCAUCUCUGCUUUCCUAACUCCUAUUACCUCACCCGCGUGUGUUUGUGUGCGUGUGUGUGUGUGUGUGUGUGUGUGUGUGUGUCUCUCUCUCACUCACACCCAUCGAUCCCUGUCUCACCCGUCUCCCUCUCUCUCCCUCUCUGGCUGUGGUCUGGCAGGGGUGGGCAGAAUGGCACGAUUGUAUCCUCCUCUUCAUAGGGAAUCCCCCCCCCCCCCCCCCCUCCACUCACUUUGCUUCUCAACAUCCUUCAGUUUCCAGAAGAUCUGGUUUGCAGCAGCUGUCGUGUGUCACUCUUGGCGGUUCCAAGACUUCUCGGCUUUCGCAGUGCGGUCACCCCGACGACGCCGUGUCUCGUGUUCGUACCCAAAUGAAGACGUUCCCCCGGGUGUACAGCUCAUCAAACGCUUACCGUUUGACCGCUUUAGAUUUCGUUCAGUAGGACUGCACAAUUUAUUUGAUGAAAUGGAUAACGUUAAACUCUAUGAAAGAGCCACCAAAUGUUAAAUUUGAACUGCAGGGGAGGGCUGGUGAGGCAGGCAUUUGUGACUUUCUGAUUGGUUCUGAAUCUGUGCUGGGGGGGGGGGGGAGAGGAGUGUCCUUCUGCCAAGUAUAAAGCACCUGAACUCACUUGGUAUCAAUUAGAGCCGGUCAGAAAUUGUGAUUGCGUUUGGUCUAUGAUGGUGCCAUGACAGUGUGGCUAGAUGUUAUUUGCCGUGUUUAUAUAUAUUUUUUGUGAUUUCUAACAAUGCAAGAUGAACUCGAUAAAGGUGGAUGUAAAAAAAAUCUUUAUCUGAUGUUGGUAAAAAUGUAGAUCUUCUCCUAAUGUCCCCGACCCCCACCCAGUGAUCGGACUGUGAAAGCCCAGCUGAACCUAAGAGCAUAACCCAUACGUCCAUUUAAUACUCUGCUCAUUGUAAAUCAAGCGCAUGCACGUGCACACCACAACACUCGCGUCAUUGCACACACACAAGCGCACGCACACAUCCAUGCUCAAACACUCCGGAAUGAAAAAAAUAAAUAAACAAGCUAUUAAUUUGCCUCCUUAUACCUUUUUGUCCAUUUAUUUUAUUUGUAUGGUAGUGUUUAUUUUUUCCCCUUCAAUUUUUUGUUUCCUAUUUGUUUUGUUUCCUUCUGGAAUAUGGCGUUCGAAGAAGAAAAACAGAACGAAAGACCCCAAAAAAUGAUGUAAUUUUCAACGGUUGUACAUUAAUACAGAACUAGUUACUGAGAGUUUUUAAAACCGGCA